AUGUCUGAUCCUUCAUCACCAACCAGAGUCAAAAGAAAGAAUAGCAUGGAUAAAAUAUAUAAGUUCGAGGGUGAAUCCAGUGGCUGCCUGCCUGAAAAGGAGUGGUUGUGUUCAAUCUGUAUGCAUGUGUUCACCGAUCCAGUCACCACUCCAUGUGGACACAACUUCUGUAAGAGCUGCCUUACACAGUGCUGGGACAAGAGUCAACACUGUCACUGUCCAGUAUGUAAAGAGAAAUUCACCAAGAAACCUGAACUGAAGAUUAAUACAACACUGAGAAAGGUUGCAGAUCAUUUCAAGAAGAAAAGUGGUUCUGACAAACCUGAGGUUCUUUGUGAUGCCUGCAGUGGAGAGAAGCUGAAGGCCCUGAAAUCCUGUCUGGAUUGUCGUGUAACUUUGUGUAAAACUCAUUUAGGUCCUCAUUAUAGUAUGCCUAAACUUAAGAAGCACAAACUAAUAAACCCUGUGGAGAACCUGGAGGACUACAUAUGCCAGAAACAUGAGAGAGCUCUGGAGCUGUUCUGUAGAGAUGAUCAGACGUGUGUGUGUCAGUUCUGUACUGAGACAGACCACAAGAAUCACAACACUGUUCCUAUAGAUGAGGAGAGCAGAGAGAGGAAGACUAAGCUGGGAAAAACACAGACAGAUGUGCAGCAGAUGAUUCAAGACAGACUGAAGAAGAUUCAAGAGAUCAAACACUCCGUAGAGCUCAGAAAAAGAAGCACAGAGAAAGGGAAAGCAGACAGUGUUGAAAUCUUCACUGCUCUUAUUCGCUCCAUUGAGAGAAGUCAGGCUGAGAUGCUGGAGUUGAUGGAGAAGAAGCAGAAAGCAGCAGAGAGUCAAGCUGAAGGACUCAUUAAAGAGCUGGAGCAGGAAAUCACUGUGCUAAAGAGGAGAGACACUGAGCUGGAGCAGCUCUCACACACUGAAGAGCAUCUCCACCUCCUACAGAGUUACACCUCUACCUGCAGCCCUCCACACACCAAGAACUGGGAUGAAGUCAGAAUUAACACUGAUCUGAGUGAGGACACUCUGUCUCAGCUUCAAGAGAAGCUGAAUGAGAAAAUCACUAAAACCCUGUAUGAAAAGUUAAAGGAAACAGUUUCCACUGAACUGAAGAGGAUUCAACAGUAUGCAGUGGAUGUGACUCUGGAUCCUGAUACAGCUCAUCCCAAACUCAUACUGUCUGCUGAUGGAAAACAGGUGACACAUGGAGAUCAACGACAGAAUCUCCCUGAUACACCAGAAAGAUUUGAUUUUUGUCCUGGUGUUUUGGGAAAGCAGAGUUUCUCCUCAGGGAGAUUUUAUUAUGAGGUGGAGGUCAGAGGGAAAACUGACUGGACAUUAGGAGUUUCAAGACAGUCCAUUAGCAGGAAGGAGGACAUUACACUGAGUCCUCAGAAUGGAUUCUGGACUGUGAUCCUGAGGAAUGAGAAUCAGUAUAAGGCUUGUGCAAGUCCCCCUGUUCCUCUCACACUGAGAGACAAGGUGAAGAAGGUGGGAGUGUUUGUGGAUUAUGAGGAGGGUCUGGUCUCCUUUUAUGAUGUGGAGGGCAAAUCUUGUAUCUACUCUUUUACUGCUCAGCCUUUUGCUGAGACUCUCUGUCCUUUUUUAAGUCCAAGUACAAAUAAAGUAGGUAAAAAUUCAGCACCACUCAUCAUCUCGCCUGUAUUUAAAUCUGAAUGA